AUGGAUUCUGGGCCUCUGUGGGAUGCCAACCCCACUCCCUGGGGCACCCUCUCUGCCCCCAAUGCCACAACACCCUGGUUGGGCCGGGAUGAGGAACUGGCCAAGGUGGAGAUCGGAGUCCUGGCCACUGUCCUGGUGCUGGCCACUGGGGGCAACCUGGCUGUGCUGCUGACCCUGGGCCAGCUGGGCCACAAGCGCUCCCGCAUGCACCUGUUCGUGCUGCACCUAGCCCUGACAGACCUGGCUGUGGCGCUCUUCCAGGUGCUGCCCCAGCUGCUGUGGGACAUCACCUACCGUUUCCAGGGCCCCGACCUCCUGUGCAGGACCGUCAAGUACCUGCAGGUGCUCAGCAUGUUCGCCUCCACCUACAUGCUGCUGGCCAUGACGCUGGACCGCUACCUGGCUGUCUGUCACCCCCUGCGCAGCCUCCAGCAGCCCGGCCAGUCCACCUACCUGCUCAUCGCUGCUCCCUGGCUGCUGGCCGCCAUCCUCAGCCUUCCUCAAGUCUUCAUUUUUUCCCUGCGGGAGGUGAUCCAGGGCUCAGGGGUGCUGGACUGCUGGGCAGACUUCCGCUUCCCUUGGGGGCCACGGGCCUACCUCACCUGGACCACCCUGGCUAUCUUCGUCCUGCCGGUGACCAUGCUCACAGCCUGCUACAGCCUCAUCUGCCAUGAGAUCUGUAAAAACUUAAAAGUCAAGACCCAGGCCUGGCGGGUGGGAGGAGGGGGCUGGAGGACUUGGGACAGGCCCUCACCUUCUGCCUCAGCUGCCACCACUCAGGGGCUGCCAUCUCGGGUCAGCAGCAUCAAAACCAUCUCACAGGCCAAGAUCCGAACUGUGAAGAUGACCUUUGUCAUCGUGCUGGCCUACAUCGCUUGCUGGGCUCCCUUCUUCAGUGUCCAGAUGUGGUCCGUGUGGGACGAGAAUGCCCCUGAUGAAGAUUCCACCAAUGUGGCUUUCACCAUCUCCAUGCUUCUGGGAAGCCUCAACAGCUGCUGCAACCCCUGGAUCUACAUGGGCUUCAACAGCCACCUGCUACCGCGGCCCCUGCGUCACCUUGCCUGCUGUGGGGGUCGCCAGCCCAGGAUGUGCCGGCGGCUCUCUGAUGGCAGCCUCUCGAGCCGCCACACCACGCUGCUGACCCACUCCAGCUGCCCGGCCACCCUCAGCCUUAGCCUCAGCCUAACCCUCAGCGGGAGGCCCAGACCUGAAGAGUCACCAAGGGACUUGGAGCCGGUGGAUGGGGAAGCCACUGAGGAGACCAUCAUCUUUUAG